AUGGCGCGCCGUACCUCCCGCGUCUCCGCGUCCGCGACUCCCGGACUCGCUGGCGUCCAUGCACACGAUACAGCCGACGACAUGAGCCUCGACGUCCCCGAACAGCUCCUCACGCCCGAGGCCAGCCGCUCCGAAACGUCUAGCAACAAUGAAAACGCGUCAACAGAAGAAAAGCCCGCACCGCGGCGCCGUUCAACACGAGUAGCACGCGUAUCGUUGCAAGCUGCCGACACCCUGGAUAAUAAUGCAUCCGCCGAGGAAGAUGAGACCCCGAAGUCCUCCAGCCAGGCCUAUGUCGACAGCCUUGCCAAGGCGAAGCGCACGCGCUCUUCGCUGCGACACAGCAUUGCCGUGAUGGAAUCGUCUCUGUUCCCGGGCACCGCGAAUGACACCAUGACUGAUGACCACUCAAUGGCCCCCGAUACUCCCGUUUCGAAAUCCUCGCAGGAGCCACCGUCGGAGGAUAUGGCCACCUCGCUUCAGCAACGCAACCUACGAAAGCGCGUGAAGAAGGCACUGGCCCAAGAUGAAGGAACCCCCAAGAUCAAGACGCCCAAGAGUAGUUCUCGUGGUUCGGUACGACGAUCAACUCGUCUAAGUAUCGUGGAUAAAGCAUCUGAUUUACUGGGCCGAGCAAGUAGUGUCUUGGGGAAGCGCUCGAGGGAUUUGAGCGAAAAGGGAAAGGAACUGGGUCGGCGAGCCAGUCUUCGGCCUCGAAAUGUUGCGCCUGAAAAGGAGGAGCCUACUCCUGCGCUUGCUGAGCCAGCAUCGAAGAAACGUCGGGUUUCUGAAAGCGAUUUAUCCAAGUUGCAAGCUCAGGAAGCCAGUCCUUCAGAGGAACCGACUGCUCCGCCUGUGCAGCGGUAUAAACCUAAGCGCUGGUUGUCACACGGAUUGUACACCGGACAAGAACCGACUGAUUCACCUCCGAAGCAACGUCGAAGCAAGACAUCGGCUAAAGCUAGCGGGAUACCCCAGCAGCGGAAAAUUAUGCCUAUGCCUAUGUUUGUUGGCUCACGCAUGAUACAAAACGGCAGGGAUUACCAGGUUCCAUUUGAUAUCUUCUCGCCCCUGCCACAUGGUCAACCUAAGCCAGAUGAGUGGCGCAAGACUAAUAAGAACGUUUUCAUUGGCGAUGCCGCCAGUGAAUGGAAAGCCAACAAGAAGUUGGAGCUGUCUACAUGCAUGUGUGAGGAAGAAACGGGCUGCGAUGAAGACUGUCAGAAUCGCUAUAUGUUCUACGAAUGCGACAGCGGCAAUUGCAGACUGGGCCCGGAGUGCGGUAACCGCAACUUCCACGAGCUCAAGCACCGUACCAAGGCCGGCGGCAAGUACAAUGUUGGAGUUGAGGUGAUCAAGACUGCGGAUCGUGGAUACGGUGUCCGAAGCAACCGCACGUUCGAGCCGAACCAGAUCAUUGUGGAGUAUACUGGUGAGAUUAUCACGCAGAUUGAGUGUGAGCGGAGAAUGAGAUCGGUGUACAAGAACAACGAGUGCUACUAUCUGAUGUACUUUGAUCAAAACAUGAUCAUUGAUGCCACUCGAGGGUCCAUUGCUCGCUUUGUCAAUCAUUCCUGUGAACCUAAUUGUCGCAUGGAAAAGUGGACUGUUGCAGGGAAGCCGCGUAUGGCCCUCUUUGCCGGAGAGAAUGGAAUCAUGACAGGACAGGAGUUGAGCUACGACUACAACUUCAACCCGUACUCUAGCAAGAAUGUCCAGAAGUGCCGCUGUGGAGCAGAGAAUUGCCGAGGAAUCCUUGGCCCUCGUCCAAAGGAUAAGGAUCAACGCCCCAAGGUUGUCGAUGAGAAGAAGGGUUUGAAAAAGACCAAGAAGCUGGCCGGCACAAAGCGAAAGCUCGCAGAUGCAGAUGAGAACACGACCGUACGCGGUGGCAAAAAGCGUAGGAUGAUCACGUCUAAGUCUAUCAAGGCCAGCGUCAAGAAAGCCGUGGCCAAGGCUACUUCUGCGCGCGGAAAGGCAGCCGCGAAGAAGACAGUGAGCCGAGGCAAGGCUGCAACCAAGAAGGGUGUCAAGCUUCCCACAGUGAAAACAGCAGCCAGAAUCAAGGCUGCUGUUCGAGGACCCCGACGAAAGGCAGGCACUGCGAAGACUUCACCGGCCUCUCCUGCCAAGAAGGCAUCGCCCCUCAAGCGGCCAUCUGCCGAAACCAAGAAACAAAUCCUUGCAGCUGCUGCCAAGGGCUCCAGGGCACAGGCUCGAAAGUCGCCUGCCAAAUCUCCUGCUAAGUCACCCGGAAAGCCCGGCCGAAAGCCUGGUCCUAAGCCUGGCCCACGGAAAGCACCAACCAAGAGCCCUAUCAAAGCUCGGAUGCCUGAUUCCAAGGCCAAGAGCACUGCGGCGUCAAAUCCCGCUAAGGUGAAGCCUACCAAGGGCAAGAGCCUUGGUGCGAGUGUACGAAGCGCAGCGCAGACUUUGAUGCGCAGCGUUAAGGGAUGA